CCAGCCCAGUUUCGCACGCCUCAGCCUUAUAAAAGGCCCCCGGCCAAGAUGACCAGAUUUUACCCGCCUCCCCCUCCGCCUCCGGGCAAGAGCUUGGUGAAGCUAGUUCCUGCCAGUGCGUUCAUUCGCUGAGAUGGGUGUAUUCGACAUCUUCUAUGGCAUCGCUGCGUGUCUGUUUGAUCGUGGCGAGGGCGAAGCCUCAGAGCCUAAUUCCGCGAGGGCGCCGCACAUCGGCCAGGCUCAUCCAAGACCUACCAUACCUCCUGAGAUCGUCGUCUCCAUACUGGGAGCAGCCUACGAAAACAGCGACGCCCAGAAGACUCUCAAAGCUUGCGCAUUAGUCUGCAAAGAUUGGCUAUCCCCUUCGCAGAAUAUUCUUUAUCGCCGUGUUACCCUUGCAAGCGCGCCAGCCCUCAACGGUUUCAUACAUGCGGUCUCGGGCAGCACCCCACGCAGUAGAGCACUCGCCGAUACGGUCGAGUGCCUUCGCAUUGUCAUCGACACGAAGCAACCUCGUGGUAUCUUGCGCAAUGCGUUCGCACAGGCAGUGGUGCGAUGCCCCAACCUUGCCGAGCUCAGUCUUGCCGUUUAUCACGAUGGGUGCGAAUCUGCUAAGGAACAAUUGAAGGGAUCACCUCAGCUGUUUGCGGCUGAUGUACUGUCUCUGCUGCAGACCGGACCGUCCAUUACCACUCUCCACUUUGAUAAUUGGUCAGACAAUGCGCACGCGCUCGUGCAGCUUCUGCAGGCAUUCCCUUCUGUGACGUCCCUGAACAUCUCCGGCACGCCGCCUGUGCUUCCCGCGCUUCCUCUCCCACCACCGCGCGCCAUCGAUGAGCUGCGGAUAAGCUGUCAACCUUCGCUCGAGUUCGUCAACUGGCUCCUACGCGACUCUACGUUGCACGUGCUCGAUUUCAAGCGCGUGCCCGAGUGUGAGCUGCUCCUUCAUCUAUUGCUCGAGCAUUGCGGCACGCUAGAAUCGCUCGCCCUGCCUUCGUGCGCAUCUGUCGAAUACUCGCUCGCCCUUGCACAGUGCACACGCCUCCGCGAGCUGCGUCUUGAGGAUCUCUGGACAGCCUACAACGCGAAGCGACAACUUCCUCCGUCGCUGGAGCACUUUGCGUUCUCGCUGAACGACCGCAACGUACUCGAGCCCGUCAUCAAUGUCGUCAACAAGAGCUUGGCUCUGAGAAGAAUCACGAUGCACGUCUGGACGGAGGAUGAGCGGCAUAUGCAACUCCCCGAUCUUCGCAUCGCUUGUGCGCUGCAAGGCGUUGAGCUCGAUGUCGUCCGGGACAUUCAGACGUUUCGGUCGCUCUAGCUCUCGCUGUUGGAGUCACGAGAAUCAUGCCAUUACGACAUUCACGUAUACCUGGCUGUCUUAUAGAUCGUACACGGUACUUAACCAACAUUUUAUUGCUUGCUUGGACUUCCUGUUUUUUUCACUGCGCUCUCCACCUCACUGCACAACUACAAUCGUCGGACCCUUUCCACACACGACUUUUACGACCCCUCUCGUUACAUCACUUGAUUUAACCGGACACUAGCACCGUGGAACACUCAAUUACACAGAUAUUCUCACAUGACACGUAUCAUUGAUCACCUUGCGCGACUACAUCCUACGUCCUGGUGACUAUCGUUUCACACCAGUAUUCUAAUACUCUGCUGCUGGCUAGAUGUACCGCCGUACACUCCAGCUGUUUAGUUCGCACAUUUAUGCUCGUCUCGAGCGCUGC